AUGUUUCGUCGCGAAAGUGCGAUGCGACGUGAAUUGGCUGAGCUGGAACGCGACGUCCACCUGUCCGAGAAGCGCGCUCAGUCUGAAGCGCUGACCCGUGACCUGCCUCCGUUAGAUGAAGCGACGCUGGAGGCCAUGUACCUGGAGCUCAGCACAACCCCUGCGCCGCGGCCCCAGAUCGAAGCACCGCCGAAGCCGCCGAGUGUUACGCAGUUGGCCGACAAAAUCGCAGCUGUCUUGACGUCGCAUGACCUAGAGACACCUACGGGCGUACCUACAGUGCCCUCUACAUCUAUCGAUACCCCACUAGAUGCACCAUCGCGUCAUGCGCGGCGCGCAUCGCUACUGAAAGCGCUGGAAUCGGUGCCGUCUACGUCGCUUCCACUCGCCCCCUUGGAAUGGGCCGCCAUUGCCGCAGAGAGUGCGCAUGACCGUGAUGUGGCCCAUAUUCAGCAUGUGCUCCAACUGGCUGCGUACCAACAAGUGGACUGUGUACCUCUCUUCCAUAGCGUGAUGGACGUCUAUGCGACUGCAGGCGAGUGGGAGACUGUAUUGCAGUUAAGUGCAAAGAUGGAAGAGUACCAAGUGGCGCCUACGUCAGAAAUCAAGCAUACGAUCGUCAAAGCCUACGCCAAUGCGAAUCACCUCAUGGGCGCUGUGCAAUACCUGACGCACUGGGAAGCAAGUGAACCCGCGCCGCAGUCCAGCUACGCCUUGGUGCUUGAUCACUUGCUCAAGCAGCCUACACGAGACGUACAACCACUUGCUUGGUCGUUGUUUUAUCAUAUGCGCUUCGCUGCACAUCCUGUGCCAGACACAUCCACGUACGCGAUGAUGAUCCGUGCUUGUGCCGCGGGCAUUCCUCAGCCGACCAGCUACUGGCAACGCCGCAAACGGCCAUUCCAAGCAGAUGCAGAACGCGCCUUGGACUUGUUCCGUGAAAUGACACUGCAUCAUCGUAUUCGGCCUACCAAGGACGUGUACGACAGCCUCAUCUUGACAUGUGCACGCCGCAAAGAUCAUUACCAGGACGCUAUUCGUCUGCUUUGUGAGCUUAUGGAUGGCUCGCCCGAUCAUGCUGCGCCGCUUUCCCCUGACGUGUAUACGUACAAUGCCGUGCUGCAGGGCAGCGCGCGGCAAGGCGACUUGCGCACGGCACGAUGGGUGCUGGCUGAUAUGGUCCACCAGUCCAUGAAUGGCGUGCUACAUCGGGCUCCUAACGAAGAGACGAUGGCCAACGUGUUUUGGACGUACGCAGUCUUCCAACCCCCGCAGCGUCGCUCAGAUCUGCGCACGGCGCCAGCCGCCACUUCCACGACGCAGGCUGACGACGAGGCAGUGGAAAUGGUCGCUGCAUCGCCAGAGGCCGAUGUCACGUCGUCCGAUGCGCCGAGCUUCACCCAUGCCAUGCCGUCCACUGCUAGUGAUGUCUUGGCCGAGGCACGUGCUUUCAUGGCGCGCAUCUUGGCCGAUCAAGGCGCUCCAUCGACCGCGACGCAUCCUUUGGCCACCGUGUCUGUGACGCCACGACUUCUGAAUGCCUUUCUUUCGGUCCUCAUGCACCAUCUGACCCCGCGCACACGACUACGUACGAUGGCCGAUACCGUAUGGGGUGAAGAUGGCGUAUUUGCUCAAGCGCAUAUCCAGCCCAAUGGGCAUACAUUGGCGAUGAUCCUAGGCGAAUGCACUACCCAUGCCGACCGUGCGUAUGCCGACGAGCUGGCCACGUCCGUAUGGACGCAGUGGACGGCACUAGAAAACGAGGGCCGACGUGAAGACGGCGUGGAUACCAAGACCAUAUCGCAGAUGUGGGCCCGCAUGAUUCGUCAGCAUGCGAAGGCCUUCCGCGUGGAGGAGGCAUUGGCCCUGCUCCGUGCUUUUUACAAGAGAUACCCCCCACACAACAAGGCCAUGGCAACAGAUGUGGCCCCUGUGGACACUAGCGCCCCUACAAGCGCGAAUGCUAUGGACUGGAUGCCCGUGCCACCACCGCCUUCGAUGCUCAAGGCGCUGCAGGCACUACCGCUGGGGCCUGUUCGUCCCGGCUCCUAUGUAAGCUUCGCCCCCAUGCGGCCCAAACUGCUGUUUGCCGACCUGGAACUUCUUCAUCACCGAUGUGUGGCGCUGCGUCAUGUGCGUGGCCUCAAUCUCAUCACACGCAUCGAUCGCGAGUACCGCCGCGAGUGGUAG